ACAGUCUCGUGCGUUGCGGAGAAACAAGUUGCGGGCCACCGCAGCAGCAGCUUGUAACGCGGACUACUCUGUAGAAUAAUGGCCAAACGGCGUUGGGCUAAAAGUGUAGAUACUUGAUAAAGAAAGAAUAUAAUUGCAAGAGAAAUUAAGUAAUUUCUGCACAGUGCGGUGACUACUAGAAAAUUUUCUAAGAUUUUAUUGAAUUUCUUUUUGUUUUUGUGCAAGCGCAUUCGUUUUUUGGUGAGAAAAUCGGUGUGCGGUGCUUGAAGAAAAUAACAUUUUGUGGAAAAUUUUGUGAAAGAGCCGCUUUGCAGGCGUAUUUCGGUCAAAAACUAACAAUAGCAUGAAAAAUUAACCUAUUUUGAGGAUACUUGAAAUCUAACGAUUUUACCCAAACAACUGAGUUGUCACCAAUGCACUCAGUCACUUCCCCAGCUUCGUGAGCACCAUAUUGAGUACGAAACACUAUGCAACGAAUAAACCGUCGAUAUCACUCAACCAGCCGAGAGCAGAGCUGCCAUGCCAAGCCUUCCAGUGAAAAGCUCCCAUAAAAAGCUACGGCCGGUACGAACAAAACAACAAAAACAACAGCUGUAACAAAAAAAUAAACAAACAAACAACGAAGUGAUGCCGAGCCUCCCACCCGACGCAGACGCGCCAAACGCCAUAUAGCAGAAUAACUGCGUGAGAGAGUACACACCUGCAUGCGCCGCAUCAGCUGCGCCGUAAACUAUGCUAUAAUAAACGAACAUUGCACACGCCAGCAGCAGCAGCCAACGACAGUGCUGAGCGCCGAACGCCGCGACACUACAAUAUGAGUACGCGAACAGUGUGGAACGUCUAAACGGGCAAGCCGCGCACAGCAGCGUGCUGGUGAAAAAAAUGUUGCAAGUAUAAUAAAUAGUGCAAACCAAACAAAAACCAGAAAAGGAAAAAAUAAUUUGCAGAAAUAUAAAAAAAAAAGAUUUUCUGCAAGUAGAAAAUGCUUUUAAGGUGAAUUUCUUGUGGAAGAAAACGCAAACAAAUUGUGCAAAGUGCUGCAACUAUAAAUAAAACAAAGCAGUAACAGUGUGUGUUGUAUGCGCGUGUGUAUGUGUGCUUUUGCAUAACGCCUAAAAGUGUGCUAAAGGCUGAGGCGUAAGCCAGAAAAUUUUGUAACCAAAAAGGCGAAAAGUCCAAGUAAAAUUGUGCAAAGAAAAUGUGGCAAAAGUGAAGUGAAAUUUUUUUCUUCUGAGCUGCUGCUCAGUGUGUAUGUGUAUGUGGCGUGCGUGUGUGUGUGUGUCUGCACGCUGACAGUGCAGCACCGCGACAUUAAGCGCGGCGGGUGGCCAGUGUACGCCGUGCGCUGUCUACGCGUGUAAACGCCACGCAACAAGAAAAUAAGAAACCCCUCAGCGCUUUGGAAAGCAGAACUUACCAAAAAAAAUCUUGAAGGAGUAUACAUAAAAGUAUAGAAAAUAAAAUAUAAAAAAAAAAUAUAAAAUAAGUGAAGUUAAGAAAUAAACAAACUAGACGCAAAAAAUACGUUGUUUACAAAAAAGCUGGAAAUAAUAAAUAAAUAGGAAAUAAAAGUAAUUAAUUUGAAUAAAAGUAAUUAAGUGAAAUUAUAUGCAACAAAGUAUUAAGCAAAUUAAAAAAGCAACAAAAAAUUAAGAAGCAAAUUUAAUAAUAAAAAAUAAGGAAACUGUAAGUAAAUAUAUAUUCAUAAUAAAUAAAUAUUUGAAGUAGUGAAAUGACUAAGAAAAAUUUCGCUUUAUCUACAAAAUAUUAAACGAGCGUUAUAAAACACUUUUUUACACGCAAACACAGUGUAUGAAAGUUGCAAAUCAAGCUAAAAUUUCAAAAUUAAAUAAAUAAUUUAAACAAUUAAAGUUUGAAAAAAAUAUUCAACUGCUGCUGCUGAAAAUUUACCGAAGCUACUUUAAAUGCAAAACCUAACAAUAAUUUCGAAAAUCACAGCAUACUUUUCGGCUGCGCAACCACUCAAAUUACCGCUACUUAUAGGAAAAAGCCAGAAAUGGAAUUCAAACGCUAUUUAAAACAAGAAAAUUCGAAAUGAAGUAAUAACUGAAAAAUUUCUGCUAAAGUUAUUUGUUUUAGGAAGAAUUUGCAACAAAAAGCACGCCAAAAAAUUUGAAAAAAAAAACAAAAAAUAACAUUAGACACACAUUCAAAGAGCAACGAUUAUAACGGUUUAUCAGCAACUUAGUAUACAUAUUAAAUUAAAAUCAAUUAAAAUAACAUAAAAAGAUUUUAAAGAAAAUUAAAGUAUUACACAAAAUCAGCGAGAAGCAUAAGUAAUAUACAUAUAUACAUAUACAUACGCAUCCAAAGAGAAAUAUAUAUAAAUAUAUAUAAAAUAUUCAAAAAUUAACUAAGCAACCUAGUGAAAUUCAAACAAAAAAAAACCAAAAACACACAAGUUCAUGCCACUAGCAGUUGUAUCAAUGUUGCAGCAACAAAAAUGUUUAGAAACAUUGGACGAGCAGCAGCAGCAAAAAAAUCAAGCAACAGCGGUAGCUGAAGUAGGCAGCACUCAGCGUCUGUACGCAGAAACACGGCUUAUAAACGCCGCUUUCGACGCCACUUGUAAGCAGGAACAACGCACAGCUUGGCAACAUGUUACCGCAACAAAACAACAACCCCAACAGCAAGUUAGUAGCGAAAAAAGCUUACGCGAUACUACUAAUCUACACAAUGUUGGGAUAACAGAUAAAUGCAUGCUAAAUGCGGCCGCACGCCAACAGACACAUGUGGCCAGCAACAUUACACACACCACAAACACAAACGUAGCAACAUUGGUUGAGCACACCGAAGCCAAUGUGGCAUUAGAAAAAGUAUUAAAUAAAUCAAAACAACAAACAGAAACGCUCCAUGUGGCAAAUAGCAUUGGCAAUAAAGUGCUUAGCAACAUGUUGCCGCAACAUACAACGCUGGCGCGUUUGAAGACGAAACGUGCGCGCCACCAAAGUGUUGCUGCGGUGCAAAGUGCUGAGAAGCGUGCAAAAAUUGCCAACGCCAAAGCGAAGGCAACAAAAUUAAAUACAACAACAAUAAUAACAACAACAACAAAUCAAAGCACACAAAGUGCAGCUAUGUGCGAAAUAGCCGCGCCUACGGGUGAGCCGUCGGUCAAGCAACAACGCCAACACCAACACCAUAACACCGAAAAGACGAUAGAUUUCAAUAGUCGACGGCGACGCGGACGCCUAAGGGCUGCCAAUGUGCAUAACGCUGUCUGUGGUAAUGGUCUAACGGCCAGCGUGUGUCGCGCGCUGAUGUGGCUGGCCAGAUAUUUGGAAAAGGUUGCGCACAAUCGUGCUAGCGCCGGCUACGAUCAAAGUGAUCCCUUGCUAUACUUGUUAUCGGUGUUGUUAUCGUUAAUCGUUGUUAAUGUAAAUAGAGUUGCCAGUUUAGUGAAUGAAUACAAAUGUGAAGUGAAUAGCAAUGCGUUGGCAAACACUAAUAAUAAAGUAAACAACACCAACCAACAACACCACCAACACACCAAACACCAACAGCGCUAAAAAUAAUAAAAUCUCCAAAUCAUUACCAAUCAGACCAUUGAGUUGGUUAGCGAGUCUACCGAAGAUGCUGGCAGUGCUGCUGAGUUGUUGCAAUUGCCGGAAAUUGGCGACGUCAACGAGGAGGUGGAGGAGGAUAAAACCUCCGUAGACGCGCUUGAGUCUGAGUCCGAGUCCGAGCAAGUGGCUAAAGCGAAAAACAAUAACAAAAUAAACGCACAAAAUACAGUUAUGACGCUUGACCGCAACGCGUUGGCGCUCACCGAACGCGCCGGCUUAAUGACCGCAAGAAGUGCAACGAAGCGUGGCAAGUCCAAUUGCGCAGCAAACGCGCAUGCCAGCGCCACAACAACAACAACAAAACCAACAGCAGGCGGCACAAGCAAAACAUUUGUGGCCAUGCAAAUGCAGUUACUCUUCUAUGCCUUCAUCUUAUGCACAUCCAUAUUACUUCCAAGCGGCAAUAAUUUGGUGGCCGCAGCCAAGCCGAAAUCCGCUACGCAAUUGCAGCAACAAAAGCUAUUGCAACAACAACAGUUGCUAUUACAGCAGCAGCAACAACAGCAGCAACAGUAUGAGCAUCAGCAUGGUCAUCAGGCUCAUCAACCGGCUGCCGGUCCGAAUGGUGGUUUCGGUACGCUUGGCGGUUAUGCUAGUGCCGGCAUACCCGUCGCUUCCGGCGGCACGGCUGGUGCCGAUUUGACACCGCCAACCUAUCAGGUCGUUUCAUCGCGCGCAUCGAAUGAGCAGGCGGAAUUCAUAUUCCCCGCUGAUCAAUCGGACGAGCAAGUCUUCGAUCAGGAGAAUUUGAAUGUGGUGGAAUUGGAUGAUGACGACGAUGAUGAGGAGGAGGCGGGCCUGAAGAAAACGUACGGAUUGCAUGACAACGAAACCGCCCAUGCGAAUGUGACGAAAGCGCCGCUCUUCCCCAAGGAUCUCUUCACCAAAGAGCAGCUUGAAAAUGGUGCUGUUAUAUGUCAUAUAAUCGGUGUUAUAUACAUGUUCGUAGCGCUAGCCAUUGUAUGCGAUGAAUUCUUCGUGCCUUCCCUGGAUGUGAUCAUCGAGAAAUUGGAUAUAACAGACGAUGUAGCCGGUGCUACGUUUAUGGCUGCCGGCGGUAGUGCGCCCGAAUUAUUUACCAGUGUCAUUGGCGUAUUCAUCUCGUUCGAUGAUGUUGGCAUUGGUACAAUUGUCGGUUCGGCUGUAUUCAACAUACUCUUCGUCAUCGGUAUGUGUGCGCUAUUCUCCAAAACCAUAUUGGCGUUAACAUGGUGGCCAUUAUUUCGUGAUUGCUCAUUCUACAGUAUCAGUUUACUGGUAUUAAUAUACUUUUUUCGCGACAACUUCAUCUAUUGGUGGGAGGCGCUUAUCCUAUUCAGCAUCUAUAUAGCGUAUGUGACCUUCAUGAAGUGGAACGUACAGGUGGAACGAUUCGUCAAAAGGCUCAUUACGAAAAAUAAGGUGACUCGCGUCAGAAGUACAGAUCAACUUAUGCCAGCAGGCAAUGCGGCGAACUCAUCGGAGACUUCAAUGGCCACACAACCAGGCGGCUCGGUCACAUCGCGUGCCGCAUCGGAGACACGCUCUGGACCGCCGGGAUCGAGCAGCGGCGCUGGCGCAACAGGUAAUAGCAGUGGAACUGCUGGUAGUACACACACCGGUGCAAAAUUCCGUCAUGGCCUAUUGCAGCUUAUGAUACACACAAUAGAUCCGCUACAUGAUGAUGAUGUUCCAGGCAAGGUGGACGAGAAGGCGACCCAACUGCAUGCGAUCGCCUCGCUCAAGGUACUGCUCGAUGCAACGAAACCGCAACGCGGCGGCGCCACCACAUCGGCUGCCAAUCAUGUCAAGAUCAAUUUGAAGGAGACCACAUUGGCCGAUCGACCCAAUGGCAACAUUGACACGACACUGGAUUCGCCAUCCAUCCAAAGUCAAAGUGGUCGUCGUCCGAGCUGGAUUGAUCAGAGGGUCAAAAUUCAGACACGCAAAUUUAGCAUCAAAGCCAAUGAAAUUGAAGAUGAGCCGGAACCGCUGAGCAUGGCAUGGCCCGAUACUGCCCGCAAACGUCUCACCUACAUAAUGGUGGCACCACUGCUAAUACCCAUGUGGCUGACGUUGCCCGAUACGCGUACACCGCGCGGCAAGAAAUACUACCCGGUCACGUUCAUAGGCUCUAUACUAUGGAUUGCUGCCUUCUCAUAUCUGAUGGUGUGGUGGGCGAACGUAGCCGGCGAUACGGCACGCAUACCACCCGAGGUUAUGGGUUUGACCUUCCUUGCCGCUGGCACAUCAAUACCCGAUUUGAUAACGUCGGUGAUUGUGGCGCGUAAGGGAUUCGGUGAUAUGGCGGUUUCCAGUUCAGUUGGUAGCAAUAUUUUUGACGUCACUGUUGGUUUACCUAUACCAUGGCUAAUUUAUGGCAUCAUCUAUGAUGCACCUGUCGAGGUUAACUCUGUGGGCAUGGUCUGCUCCAUAACGAUACUCUUCAUGAUGUUACUCUUUGUCGUUAUGUCGAUUGCCUGCUUCCGUUGGAAAAUGAAUAGGGGACUUGGUUUUACAAUGUUUUUGUUGUAUUUCGUUUUUGUUGCUGUUUCGUUAAUGUUCGAAUAUGAUACACUCCAAUGUCCAGUGUAAAAUGUGACAAGUAAAUAUAAUGAAAAAAAUCACACACACACAAAAAAAAAAAUAAAUAAAAAAAGGAAUAAAAAAGAAAUAAAGACAGCAAACAACAACAAAAUAAAAUAGCAAGUUAAUAUUAAAAGAAGUAAAAUAUAUAUAAUAUUUAGUAUAAAUGCAAAAAAAUAUGAAAAAUAUAAAUAGUGCAAGUUAGGCGAUUGAUUGAAGUAGUUUUAAUAAAAUUAUAAAACACUAUAUUAAUUUAAAAAAAAUUAAAAAAAGUUGAUAAACAAAGAGCAAAAAAAUUAACUACAGAUAAUAUUGGAAUUAUUAUAGUGAAAACGAAAUGUAAAUUUUAAGUAAAACUUAAUGACAUAAAGCGAUGCAGCAGCUGCGCAAUUGAAGAGCGUUGCAAAUGGCUUUCAUAUAAUUUAACAAAUAUAUUUAGUAUAUAUAAACAGACAGACAAGUGCAUAAAAUUGUAGCAUAAGCGUUAUUUCAAAACCAAUAUUAAUAUAUAGACAUAUAUAUAUAUAUAUAUAUAUAAAUAAAUAUAUACAUAUAUAUAGCAAACAAUUAUAACUCUUGAAUACUUUCACAAGCUAUAACUAAAUACAUACAUAUACAUAUUUAAUAAUAAUGUAAUUGUUAAAUUUCUCGUCUUUUUUCAUGCGCUCCUCCUAUACUCUCUUCAAAUAUCAUAUUGUAAAGAAUAUUUAUUGAAUUUUAUAGGCAAAUUUUUAUGAAUUGUUAGACAAAAACAAAAAAUGAAAACAAAUAGUAAUUGAAUUUAUUAUUUAAGUAUAUAAAAAUGUACGUUGUUGUAGUUAACAUUAUAUAUAUGUAUGUAUGUAUGUAUAUUGAAAAAAUAUUAAUAUGGCACAAAAUUAAGAUUUUUUUCAUCUAAUUGAACGCAGACCAAGUUGUACAUAACUAUUCGCUUAAUAGCACGAAACACAACUGAAAAAUAUGCUACUUUCGUUUACUUGCUGUCAAACCCAUAUAAAGCUUUCACAGCUUCGAAAGCUGCAACAUGAAAAAAAGGCUUGUGAUUUUUAUAACAGCUUUGAAACACUCAAAGUUACUUACUUCAAUAAAGUGCAGAACAAAAGCUUUCAGCUGUGUGUGCGCUGGUGCUUUAAUGGCACGGUAAAAAAGCGCUUAAAAGCUACUUAAACGAUGACGAACUUUUUAAGCCUCUCACACAUAACCAAGCGUGCUUAUGAAUGGUAAACUUUUGUAAGAUAUUUAUUUUUCAACAAUUAAAGUCAAGUCUAUGGUCGGCAUUAACACUAUUAUUUUAGUUUUUAGAUGCUGUAUUAAGUUUGUCACGAAGCUUUUAACACUUAACAGGAGACGUCGGAGACGCUAUAAAUUAUCAGCGUGACGAGCAGAGUGGAUUUAGCCAUGUCUUUAUGUCUGCAUAUCUGUCUGUCUGACUGUUUGUACAUAUAUAUAUGUCUGUCUGUCUGUUAGUCUUUCAAUAUUUGAGAUAUCGCUCUAAAAUUUCUCACACGUCUUUUCUCACCCAAUAUGCUGCUUAUUUGCCGGAAUCAUCGAUAUCGGAUUACAAUAACAUUUAGCUGCCCUACAAACUGACUAAUCUCAUUCAAGCGCUUAUAUGAAAAACUUUUUUAUUUGGCAAUAUAUUCUCACCAAAUUUGACAUGGAUUAUUUUUGUAAGCAACGCUACAAUAUUUGAAGAAAUUGUUCAGAUCGGACCACUAUAACAUAUAGCUGCCCUACAAACUGACCAAACUCAAUCAAGUGCUUGUAAGGAAAACUUUUUUAUUUGACAAGAUAUUUUCACCAAAUUUGGCAUAGACUAUUUUCCAAGGCAACGCUACAAUUUCCGAAGAAAUUGUUUAGAUCGGACUACUAUAACAUAUAGCUGCUCUACAAACUGACUAAUCUCAUUCAAGUGCUUGUAUGAAAAACUUUUUUAUUUGACAAGAUAUCUGCACGAAAUUUGGCAUGGACUAUUAUCCUAAGCAACGCUACAAUCUCCGCAUAUAUUAUGCAGAUCGGAGCACUAUAUCACAUAGCUGUGAUACAAACUAACCGUUGAAGAUCAAGUAUUUGUAACAAACUUGAACCUGUGUAGGGUAUUAUAGCUUCAGUGCAGCAAAAGUUAACGUUUUUUCUUGUUAUUUUUCUUUUCUUUUCUUUUCUUUUCUUUUCUUUUCUUUUCUUUUCUUUUCUUUUCUUUUCUUUUCUUUUCUUUUCUUUUCUUUUCUUUUCUUUUCUUUUCUUUUCUUUUCUUUUCUUUUCUUUUCUUUUCUUUUCUUUUCUUUUCUUUUCUUUUCUUUUCUUUUCUUUUAUUUUAUUUUCUUUUAUUAUCUCUUGUUUUCUUUUUUUUUCUUUUCUUUAAUUUUCUUUUCUCUUGUUUUCUUUUAUUUUAUCUUCUUUUCUUAAUAAAUUUUGACAAAAAAAAAUUUAUAAAAUUCUUAACCAAAUAUUUGCAAAAACCAAGCAACUCAUCUAAACGCAUUUUUCAAAUCACUACAUAUGUACAUUUUUCUAGCAAUUUAAGAACGUACUAGUUACUUAGUUAGUAUGACAAAAAGCUAGCUUGCAAGCUCUAACAAAUACUUACUUUAUUGAAACAUUGAAACGCUACUAAUUUGCUAAACCAAAAAAAAAAAGAAAUCUAAGAAAAGCUAACUAAACCAAAGAAAUUUGCAUAAUAUGAACAUGUAUACAAUGCGCAUGCGCGCCUAUUAAUUGAAAAUCUAACACAAAAACGAUUAGAAAACGUAUUACAAGCAAAAAAAUUUUAACCUUUACAUAAAAGCUUAAAUACUCUUUAGUCAGUUCGCGUUACAUUUAUUAGGCAAAGAUAUUAGCACUUAUUUAAUUAAUAUUUCUCACUGCUCAUUGUAUGCAGAAGACACCCAAUUUACAUAAGUACCACAUUAGAAGACUAACUACGCGCGAUCUAUGCCUGUGCCAUAGAUUUUUAGUUAGGUUAAUAAUGCGCUCUACAGCAAAGCACUUGCUACACUCAUGCUAACCGUGUACGCACAUACAUUUCGCCACUUUAAUUUGUCGAAAAAAACUUAUAUAUAUAUUUCAUUUACUUGUAGACCUAACUUUAUAGCCACUUUAAAACUCCUUGAGCUAGUUAAAAUUAAAAAAAAAAUGAUUAUUAUAAUAUAGGAUUCUGUUGGCAGACAGAAUUAAUUGUUAACAAUUUAGCGCGUUAGAAGAUUUGUAAGAGAAAGUAGCAAUUUGUACAAAGUGAAAUUAAAAAAAAGAAACAUAAAAUAUAUGAUAACGAAGAGAAACCCGUUAAAUUUUUGCAAACAACGCAAGCAGUUAGUAUUUAAACUAUAUAUAUAUAUAUAUAAUAUAUACUUAAAAAAUCUAUAGGCAUUUAUGACUUAACAAUGAGGAAACAGCCAUUUAACUUACGUAUAUAAGUUGCAAAAGCAAAAACAAAUAUUAUAAUAAAUAAAAAAGAAUAAUAAUAAUAACAACAACAACAACAACAUAAACUCAAUACGAAGCAGUUAGUAGCAGUCGAAAAAGCAACGCACUUAAGCAUAAAGAAAACUCUUUAGAACAUAACUUUUAAGAAAGCAAUAAUUUAUUAUGUGGCGCUAAACCAACUAAAGAACUACGCUAGUACUAAUAUAUAAAGUUAAACGUAAACUUAACACAAACAAACACAUUUUAACUUAAUACUAACUGAGAAAUUGUUUAAUUUUCGCCGAAACUAAAUAAUUCAAGAAAAAAAUUAUAUAAAAGAAAAGCUACAAAGCAGCAAAGACGUAAAGUAUUGUAUGAAAUGAAUUACUCUUGAGACAACAACAACAACAAAUACGUAUUACACUUAAAACAAACAUAGACUACAUACUUACAAACAUAAGUGAAAAGAAAAUCAACAUACUUACAUACAUAGUACACAUUUUACCUUAGUGAGUCUCCAAAAUAAAAAUUACCAAAAAAAAAUCUAACAAAUAUACAAUUCUAAAGAACAAAUUUCAAACGCGUAAGACACACAUUUUCCACACUUUCCAUUUGUUUACUUGACUUACGACUACUAAAUUACUAUUUAACAAAAAAAAAACCUAUUAAAUAUAAACGAUAAUUGAAUAACGAAAAAACAUUAUAAAUUCGUAAACAAAAAUGAAUAAUCUUCCAUACAUUUACCAAAGGCAAACUUAGUAGUUGAACUAUAAAAGCGCAAGCAAAGCAUAACUAAAUAUAACUUAUUUCAAAAAGAAAAAAAAAUAA